AUGAACCUUUCAACCAAUAGACAGGCAUGUAGCAGGGACAUUGGCAAACUGUAUGCAAAACAUCAAAUCCUGAAGUAUGUAAUCAACGGUGGUAGUUGGGGAGAUAAUCACAGGUACUGUAAAGUUAGCAUGUUAAAGCUUCUACACUUUCAUUGCUCACAAUUAAUAUACAGCUAUUUCAAUUAACCCAUUGAGUCGUAUUGCGCCCCAAUGCACCCUACUUUAUUAUUUUACUCUAAUGCCAGACGAUUUUACUCGUGAAGAAGAGAGAGCUGGCGCUUAAUGGGUUAAGGUUGUCCACGAGCAAAGCAGAAAAGUAUACAAGCACAGUCGUAUACAAGUACUUUGAAAAUUCUUUAUUUUGUUGUCAAUUCCCAGCAGCCUUUCAUGCUUGUAUUCAACAUUACCACUUUGCUCGUGAAAACCUUAAUUGAAAUAGAUGUAUACCAUGAGGCCACAUUUUACCUUUUAGGAAAUGUGCAUCAUCGCAAUUACAAUGCCUUGCUAAAAAUGCCAAGUUACUCAAGUUCAUGUACCAAGACAACGUCCGGGAACAAUCUGAAAAGGAGAUUUAUCAGCCAGGUUCUCUCAGACUAGUAAGUAUGACAUUCAACAAAGUGAUAAAGAUCUAUUAUAAUCAUAGUAACCUACAUCAUUCACUAUAAAUGAUAUAAUAAACAAUGCAUAAGCAUAUAAAAUCUUAUAAAGCAUGCAUAUAAAAUCUGAUAAGCAUAUAAAGUCUAAAUAAGCAAAUAAAAUAUCUUUAUUAACAGGGGCAGUAUAAAAAAGGCCACCUACAAAAGUUUGAUGUUGGUUCUUGUUUGAAUACCUCAGCCAUUGAGAAUGACAUGAAAAGCGUUGCUCGAUCCAGCAAGUGUAACUACUUCAAGGGUUGCAUCUCAAAGCAACAUGAAUUAGUGCGGAUGGGACAAGCUAUAACAUACAAAGAUGGAGAGGGGCAGGUAAAAAUUGGCAUCUAAGCUGAAAUAAUAUUAAUAAUGUAAACUUGUCACCAACCUGCAUGUAAUAUUUGUUGUUCUUUUUUUCUCUCAAUUUACACUUUUCCUGUCCUUCCGCAUUAAGGAUUGUUUUGGUGAGUUUGACGGUGCAGUAAAACUACUUAACCCUAGCAGUGAAACGAGCCAUGUCAACUGGAUUCAAGUAAAGCAAUAUGCCUGUCAUGAGGAUGAAAAUGGUCAGGUGCAGAGUGGACGGUUUGACUCGCCAUUGCUAAAGAAAACAGACAACAUAGUCAUCAUCAAGUCUUCGGAAGUAUGCCACAAAGUGAAUAUUGUCCAUAACUGUAUUAAUGGGCAUUGUAAAUUUGAAGAUGCCCAUCACACCUUUGUUGAGGAACGUGAAGGAGUUGUACGAGAUGCACUGAUUUACAAGCAUGACUUUGCCAACAACACAUACCUUCUCAACAGGUUUUACCUUGGUAAUGAUUUUGAAGCUGUAUUACAAACCUUUUGA